AUGUCGACGAGUUGGAACAGUAGGACAUACGUCAAAGUCACCGUUUCAGGAAAAUACAAGGGAAAGAUUUGCAGCACCUCUCUAUGUGGCAACAACAAUGGUCGUCGAGAUGAUGACAAUCAAUACAGCAGAAAAUGUGCGUCAUCAUCUCAACCAUGUAUCAUUGCUUCCCAGAAGAAAGCUGUAAUAGAUAAAUGUCACUUGAUGAGCGAUGCUUCAUCUCCAUUCCACAAAGCGUGCAACCGUUAUGUUGAUCCAGCCGCCUUGAUCAGUAAUUGUAAAUAUGACGCAUGUCGCUGCACAGAUCCAAUGAAAUGUGUUUGUAACGCUUUUGCUGCUUACAGUAAACUUUGUGUUGAAUAUGGUGGUGUUAUUGACUGGAGAUUUAAUGGAACUUAUUUAUAUCCAAAACUCAAAGAAUGUGAAAAAACAUGCAGUAACAAAGGAGAAAUUUUCACAGAAUGCGGAUCUGCUUGUGCAAAAACAUGUCGUGAUAUAUCACGUGGUUUAAAAUGCAGUGAAAGAUGCAUUCCUGGAUGCCAGUGUCCAAAAGGAUCUUACUUGGACGAGAAGAAUCAUUGCGUUCCUAUGAAGGAAUGCCCAUGUUUCUUUGAAGGAAAUUAUUACAAGGCGGGUGAAAGUGUGAAAGUUGGACGUUGUAAAACCUGUACGUGUAAUACGGGAGCUAUGGCUUGUGUGGAAGACCGAAAUUGCUCCUCCAAAAGUCCUUGUGAAUCGUUCCCAUGCAAAAAUGAUGGUGGUUGUCUUGAAGAAGGAGAUACAUUCUCUUGUAUUUGUAUCAAUGGGUAUCAUGGCAAAACUUGUGAAGAGUUACCACCAACACCAUGUGACUCUCGUCCUUGUAAAAACAACGGUAUCUGUUCAAUUAAUGGAGAUACAUUUUCGUGUGAAUGUGCUGUUGGUUUUGAAGGCAACACUUGUGAAGUUACGAAUGCAUGUGCAAAAGGACCUUGUAAGAAUGAAGGUGUUUGUACAAUUGUUGGAUCUUCUUAUAAAUGUGAAUGUAAAUAUGGUUUCACUGGAAAGAAUUGCGAGGUUGGAGUUUGUGAUCAUAGUCCUUGUAAGAAUGGUGGUUCGUGUGUUGUUGAUGGUAGUUCAUACAAAUGUACAUGCCCUCCAGACUUUAUUGGUAUUCACUGUGAAACAACAACAUGCAUUGCAUCUGGGGAUCCGCAUUACACCUCAUUUGAUGGCAAAAGAUUUAACUUCAUGGGAGAUUUCCGCACUAAAAUACGUUGUGGGAGGCGUGUCACUUGUACAGCGGCUGUUAAGAUCUAUAUAGCUGGUUACUUCAUUCAGUUCACACGUCAGAGACGUUCCGCAGUUGUAAACGGAGUUAGGCUUUCACAAUUUCCAAUAGUUCGUCCUGGAUUUAAAAUCACCAAUCCCAGUGGGAGUUGGCUGGUUUUUACUGCUGACAUCGGAAUGUCGACGAGUUGGAACAGUAGGACAUACGUCAAAGUCACCGUUUCAGGAAAAUACAAGGGAAAGAUUUGCAGCACAUCUCUAUGUGGCAACAACAAUGGUCGUCGAGAUGAUGACAAUCAAUACAGCAGAAAAUGUGCGUCAUCAUCUCAACCAUGUAUCAUUGCUUCCCAGAAGAAAGCUGUAAUAGAUAAAUGUCACUUGAUGAGCGAUGCUUCAUCUCCAUUCCACAAAGCGUGCAACCGUUAUGUUGAUCCAGCCGCCUUGAUCAGUAAUUGUAAAUAUGACGCAUGUCGCUGCACAGAUCCAAUGAAAUGUGUUUGUAACGCUUUUGCUGCUUACAGUAAACUUUGUGUUGAAUAUGGUGGUGUUAUUGACUGGAGAUUUAAUGGAACUUAUUUAUAUCCAAAACUCAAAGAAUGUGAAAAAACAUGCAGUAACAAAGGAGAAAUUUUCACAGAAUGCGGAUCUGCUUGUGCAAAAACAUGUCGUGAUAUAUCACGUGGUUUAAAAUGCAGUGAAAGAUGCAUUCCUGGAUGCCAGUGUCCAAAAGGAUCUUACUUGGACGAGAAGAAUCAUUGCGUUCCUAUGAAGGAAUGCCCAUGUUUCUUUGAAGGAAAUUAUUACAAGGCGGGUGAAAGUGUGAAAGUUGGACGUUGUAAAACCUGUACGUGUAAUACGGGAGCUAUGGCUUGUGUGGAAGACCGAAAUUGCUCCUCCAAAAGUCCUUGUGAAUCGUUCCCAUGCAAAAAUGAUGGUGGUUGUCUUGAGGAAGGAGAUACAUUCUCUUGUAUUUGUAUCAAUGGAUAUCAUGGCAAAACUUGUGAAGAGUUACCACCAACACCAUGUGACUCUCGUCCUUGUAAAAACAACGGUAUCUGUUCAAUUAAUGGAGAUACAUUUUCGUGUGAAUGUGCUGUUGGUUUUGAAGGCAACACUUGUGAAGUUACGAAUGCAUGUGCAAAAGGACCUUGUAAGAAUGAAGGUGUUUGUACAAUUGUUGGAUCUUCUUAUAAAUGUGAAUGUAAAUAUGGUUUCACUGGAAAGAAUUGCGAGGUUGGAGUUUGUGAUCAUAGUCCUUGUAAGAAUGGUGGUUCGUGUGUUGUUGAUGGUAGUUCAUACAAAUGUACAUGCCCUCCAGACUUUAUUGGUAUUCACUGUGAAACAAAAGUUCCAAAUCCUUGUGAGCCAAAUCCAUGUAAAAUGGUGGACAAUGCAACAUUUUGGGUAACAGCUACACAUGUAAAUGCAAACCUGCUUUUGGCGGAAACAACUGCGAAUAUUCACAAUGUAACAACAUGCAUUGCAUCUGGGGAUCCUCAUUACACCUCAUUUGAUGGCAAAAGAUUUAACUUCAUGGGAGAUUGUGAAUACGACUUUGCUAAAGAUUGCAGCGAAAACAAACUUUUUACAGUCCGCACUAAAAAUACGCGUUGUGGGAGGCGUGUCACUUGUACAGCGGCUGUUAAGAUCUAUAUAGCUGGUUACUUCAUUCAGUUCACACGUCAAAGACGUUCCGCAGUUGUAAACGGAGUUAGGCUUUCACAAUUUCCAAUAGUUCGUCCUGGAUUUAAAAUCACCAAUCCCAGUGGGAGUUGGCUGGUUUUUACUGCUGACAUCGGAAUGUCGACGAGUUGGAACAGUAGGACAUACGUCAAAGUCACCGUUUCAGGAAAAUACAAGGGAAAGAUUUGCAGCACAUCUCUAUGUGGCAACAACAAUGGUCGUCGAGAUGAUGACAAUCAAUACAGCAGAAAAUGUGCGUCAUCAUCUCAACCAUGUAUCAUUGCUUCCCAGAAGAAAGCUGUAAUAGAUAAAUGUCACUUGAUGAGCGAUGCUUCAUCUCCAUUCCACAAAGCGUGCAACCGUUAUGUUGAUCCAGCCGCCUUGAUCAGUAAUUGUAAAUAUGACGCAUGUCGCUGCACAGAUCCAAUGAAAUGUGUUUGUAACGCUUUUGCUGCUUACAGUAAACUUUGUGUUGAAUAUGGUGGUGUUAUUGACUGGAGAUUUAAUGGAACUUAUUUAUAUCCAAAACUCAAAGAAUGUGAAAAAACAUGCAGUAACAAAGGAGAAAUUUUCACAGAAUGCGGAUCUGCUUGUGCAAAAACAUGUCGUGAUAUAUCACGUGGUUUAAAAUGCACUGAAAGAUGCAUUCCUGGAUGCCAGUGUCCAAAAGGAUCUUACUUGGACGAGAAGAAUCAUUGCGUUCCUAUGAAGGAAUGCCCAUGUUUCUUUGAAGGAAAUUAUUACAAGGCGGGUGAAAGUGUCAAAGUUGGACGUUGUAAAACCUGUACGUGUAAUACGGGAGCUAUGGCGUGUGUGGAAGACCGAAAUUGCUCCUCCAAAAGUCCUUGUGAAUCGUUCCCAUGCAAAAAUGAUGGUGGUUGUCUCGAGGAAGGAGAUACCUUCUCUUGUAUUUGUAUCAAUGGAUAUCAUGGCAAAACUUGUGAAGAGUUACCACCAACACCAUGUGACUCUCGUCCUUGUAAAAACAACGGUAUCUGUUCAAUUAAUGGAGAUACAUUUUCGUGUGAAUGUGCUAUUGGUUUUGAAGGCAACACUUGUGAAGUUACGAAUGCAUGUGCAAAAGGACCUUGUAAGAAUGAAGGUGUUUGUACAAUUGUUGGAUCUUCUUAUAAAUGUGAAUGUAAAUAUGGUUUCACUGGAAAGAAUUGCGAGGUUGGAGUUUGUGAUCAUAGUCCUUGUAAGAAUGGUGGUUCGUGUGUUGUUGAUGGUAGUUCAUACAAAUGUACAUGCCCUCCAGACUUUAUUGGUAUUCACUGUGAAACAAAAGUUCCAAAUCCUUGUGAGCCAAAUCCAUGUAAAAAUGGUGGACAAUGCAACAUUUUGGGUAACAGCUACACAUGUAAAUGCAAACCUGCUUUUGGCGGAAACAACUGCGAAUAUUCACAAUCAACAUGCAUUGCAUCUGGCGAUCCUCAUUACACCUCAUUUGAUGGCAAAAGAUUUAACUUCAUGGGAGAUUGUGAAUACGACUUUGCUAAAGAUUGCAGCGAAAACAAACUUUUUACAGUCCGCACUAAAAAUACGCGUUGUGGGAGGCGUGUCACUUGUACAGCGGCUGUUAAGAUCUAUAUAGCUGGUUACUUCAUUCAGUUCACACGUCAGAGACGUUCCGCAGUUGUAAACGGAGUUAGGCUUUCACAAUUUCCAAUAGUUCGUCCCGGAUUUAAAAUCACUAAUCCCAGUGGGAGUUGGCUGGUUUUUACUGCUGACAUCGAAAUGUCGACGAGUUGGAACAGUAGGACAUACGUCAAAGUCACCGUUUCAGGAAAAUACAAGGGAAAGAUUUGCAGCACAUCUCUAUGUGGCAACAACAAUGGUCGUCGAGAUGAUGACAAUCAAUACAGCAGAAAAUGUGCGUCAUCAUCUCAACCAUGUAUCAUUGCUUCCCAGAAGAAAGCUGUAAUAGAUAAAUGUCACUUGAUGAGCGAUGCUUCAUCUCCAUUCCACAAAGCGUGCAACCGUUAUGUUGAUCCAGCCGCCUUGAUCAGUAAUUGUAAAUAUGACGCAUGUCGCUGCACAGAUCCAAUGAAAUGUGUUUGUAACGCUUUUGCUGCUUACAGUAAACUUUGUGUUGAAUAUGGCGGUGUAAUUGACUGGAGAUUUAAUGGAACUUAUUUAUAUCCAAAACUCAAAGAAUGUGAAAAAACAUGCAGUAACAAAGGAGAAAUUUUCACAGAAUGCGGAUCUGCUUGUGCAAAAACAUGUCGUGAUAUAUCACGUGGUUUAAAAUGCAAUGAAAGAUGCAUUCCUGGAUGCCAGUGUCCAAAAGGAUCUUACUUGGACGAGAAGAAUCAUUGUGUUCCUAUGAAGGAAUGUCCAUGUUUCUUUGAAGGAAAUUAUUACAAGGCGGGUGAAAGUGUCAAAGUUGGACGUUGUAAAACCUGUACGUGUAAUACGGGAGCUAUGGCUUGUGUGGAAGACCGAAAUUGCUCCUCCAAAAGUCCUUGUGAAUCGUUCCCAUGCAAAAAUGAUGGUGGUUGUCUCGAGGAAGGAGAUACAUUCUCUUGUAUUUGUAUCAAUGGAUAUCAUGGCAAAACUUGUGAAGAGUUACCACCAACACCAUGUGACUCUCGUCCUUGUAAAAAACAACGGUAUCUGUUCAAUUAAUGGAGAUACAUUUUCGUGUGAAUGUGCUGUUGGUUUUGAAGGCAACACUUGUGAAGUUACGAAUGCAUGUGCAAAAGGACCUUGUAAGAAUGAAGGUGUUUGUACAAUUGUUGGAUCUUCUUAUAAAUGUGAAUGUAAAUAUGGUUUCACUGGAAAGAAUUGCGAGG